AUGUGUAAAACUUGGGAAGAUGUUGUGUGGUCGUAUCUCAAUGCAGAAGUAGAAGAGAUGUUGGAUAAGUCAGAACAUUUAAAGAUGACCGACCCUACACCUAUAUUACCCUCAGGUGUGGUCAGUCUAGCCAACUCUAAGGACAAGAUUUUGAGGAGUGAUGAUUCACGUACAAUAUUUCACUUCAUUCAAGCAUGUUUGUUAUCUAACAACAUUGAAAAGAUGAUCCAUGGAUUUUAUCAUGCUUUCUUCAACACAGAAGAAAGCUCAACAACAAAAAAUGAUCCAGAACAACAAGCACAAUUGUUGCGUUUCCUCAGCACCCUGAUAACAUACGGUCAAAAGCUCCUUGGCUGGAAAGAGAAUAGAUAUUCAUUUGCCAUUAUUUCCAAAUACGCUAGCUUGAAUGCUGAACCUGAACACUUGAGACCAGCUGUUAUCGCGUCGUUUGCCGCGAAACAAUCAGCCGAAAACCAAAUUCGAAUUUACUCUCAUUUUCUACAAAAUUUUGACGGUGACAAUGAUGAAUAUGCUAUUCUAAUACGACUUGGAAAACAGCUUGGGCUCGACAUGGCAGAUAUCUUACAAUACACAUAUACCCAUUCAUUUAAAAAGGCUAUGGAGGCGGCACCUAUCGGCAUUACAGACAUGACAUCGAAAACAAACAAAGACCCCAUCCACUUCGAAUUACAGGGUGAUAUCACUGAAGAGUACUUGCCCUUUUUUAAAGCGAUCAAGUAUCUCCUGGUGGAUGAUAAAAGCUGUGUAGUUCAGCAAGCGUUUGAUGCUAUCAAUAUGACGAUACGCUACUUUCUAGGCAGUUGCAAAGUAUAUUUGGCACGUCGUGUGAUCGAUUUAGUACCAGUGUCUAUAGCAGAAUUUAUGACAAUCGAAAGUAAAAAGGAUAGCAAUGCCAGAAAAACUUUAGCUGAAUUUAAAGGUCAUCGAAAUUUGGUAAAUGCAUUAGUGGAUUUUGAGAAAUGGAGUCGCCUCAUGGAGCAGAAGCCAACGGAUAGGUAA